AUUUUUAGAAAAAAUUAAAUUUGGCUGUGUUACUCGAUGUAAAGGCGGUUCCUGAGAAAGUUUCGGAGGCCGUUUUGGCUGUAGAAAUUAAACGCGGAAAGUCGUUAUUAGAAUUCAGUGGCCACGAAGACAGUAAAUUUGCGAAGAUUACUGUAGCGUUACCGAGAUUCGUUGCUGUCGGCAAACGGCUGUUAGAAAAUGGUGUUUAUGGAAAUAAGUCGUUUAGCUGUUUUGAGACUAACGUCGAUAUUGAUUUAAGAUUUAUGAUCGAUACAAGUAUUUUGGGUUGUUCGUGGAUUCAUUUACCUCCUGGGAAAUGGUAUGGGCGUGGUAAGGAUUCCAAAUGGCCAAUAACGUCUCGGUGUCAAAUCGAAUGUGACGUGUCUUGGGAAGACUUCGUCGCCCAUCCACCCGAAGGCGAGUGGGCUAAGGUUGCACCUUUCCGAAUACAUAGUUUUGAUAUCGAAUGCGCCGGACGUAAAGGUAUAUUUCCCGAGCCUAAUGUGGAUCCCGUUAUACAAAUAGCAAAUGUUGUCAAGUUGUACGGUUCUGAUGACGUAUUGACGCGAAAUGUUUUCACAUUAAAUACAUGCGCUCCAAUUGGUCACGCUGAGGUAAGGUGUUUCGACACUGAGCAUCAGAUGCUUGAGGCGUGGGCCGAUUUCGUUAGAGAACUAGACCCGGACGUUUUCACCGGUUACAACAUUAACAAUUUUGAUAUACCUUAUCUUUUGGAUAGGGCAAAACAUUUGAAGCUUAAAAAGUUUGAUUUUUUGGGACGAAUUUUGAGUAUUCAGUCGAGCGUGAAAGAAACUGUGAACCAAACGAAAUUUGGAAAACGUACUUUUAAGACUGUCAACUUUGAAGGAAGAGUUGCUUACGAUAUGCUGGUGGUGAUGAAAAGGGAUUUCAGGUUACGAUCAUACACUUUAAAUAAUGUGUCUAACGAAUUACUGGGCGAACAGAAGGAAGACGUGCAUUAUAGUAUCAUUACUGAUUUACAAAAUGGCGAUGAACAAACACGACGAAGAUUAGCCGUGUAUUGUAUAAAAGAUGCAGACCUGCCUCUACGUUUAUUGGAUCACGUUAAAAGUUUCGCAAACGACAUAGAAAUGGCACGUGUUACCGGUGUCUCAAUUACAAGUUUAUUGACAAAAGGCGAACAAGUUAAAGUGGUCGCACAAUUACUAAGACAUAGCCGGCAGUCCGGAUAUUUCAUGCCGACGCACCAUUACGCCCCCAGCACUGAACAAUACGAGGGCGCAACAGUUAUUGAACCUAUUCGCGGCUAUUACACGUAUCCUAUUGCAACAUUGGAUUUUAGUUCCCUGUACCCUAGCAUUAUGAUAGCCCACAAUUUGUGCUACACCACUCUCGUACGUCCUAAUAUGAAAGAUAAACUAGGUCUUGCGCCCGACGAAAUUACCGUUACUCCAUCGCAGAAUAUAUUCGUGAAGUCUUCAGUUAGACAAGGUUUACUACCUGAAAUUUUGCAACAACUGUUAGCGGCACGUAAGCGUGCUAAAACUGCACUAAAAGACGAAAAGGAUCCAGUGAUGCAAGCGGUCUUAAAUGGACGUCAAUUGGCACUGAAAAUUUCUGCAAAUUCCGUAUACGGAUUUACUGGAGCUCAAGUUGGUAAAUUGCCCUGCUUAGAAAUCUCAGGGGUAAGUGAUAUAAACUUUCGUUUUUAA